UUCUGCGUUCUCUCUAGCAAGAAGUUAGUUCCUGCUCUUCCCUGGCCGUUUCCUGUAAUCGUACAGUGUUGUGAGACGGAGAAAGCCAUGUGUGUCGAUGCAAAGCUGUCUACCUGAAAGUUGAGAAGAAUCGGGACAACUACCACAUCGCUUCCAUCUCGGAGUCUUUUAAGCUUUCUGCCCGUCUCCCUGUGCGGAGUGGGCAAAGAUGGCGGAUCCCAUUAUGGACCUCUUCGAGGACACUCCCCUGUUCAACCUGGACUCCCUGCCGGACGACUCCUUCUCUCAUGGUUCCUCGGACCCCGUGGAGGAAGCUCUGAAGCUGGCUUUGGGGCAGGCCGUCCCGACGGGCGAGCCGGAGUCCGCUCCCGACCUCGCCAUCAACUCCAGCCUCGGCGUUCCUGUAGCAGCUCCGGUCAUCCCGGACCCGGCCCCCGUUCACGUUCCCACCCAGCAGCCGGUGCCGGCGGCGCCCGUUCAGACUGUUUCUGUCGCCCAGGCUGUCGAGGCCGGAGCGGCGGCCUUCAUGACCUCAGCCCCCGCCCCGGUUGAGACUGUGCCACAGAUGCAGGCCCAGACUACCAUCCCUGUUGUCAGCAACGCCAGCGGGGCGUCCAGUAGCACCGUCCUGCUGAGCUCACCUCUGACUGUUUCCAGCUCCCCAGCGACCACUGCCACCACGCAGCAGCUGACUCAGAUAACUCACCAGCUCACGCCCCAGCAGUUAGCCGCCAUCACGCAGCAAGCCGGCGGGAAAAUCGUCAUCCUCAAAGGUCCCCAGGGCCAGGCCCAGGUGCUCCAGGCCGUAUCGGGAACCGCGGGUCAGGCCGGUGGAAAGGUCAUCCGUCUGUUGUCUGGCACGCCGCUCAAGCCUGGCAUGUCCAUACUGCAGGGAGGGACAGUCUUAAAUCAGGCCAGCCCAGGACAGACCCAGGUCAAGGUGGGGGCCGCAGGGGUGCAGCGCCUGCUGCAGUCCGCCAACGGGCCGGUCAAGCAGGUGUUGCUCACGUCCAUGCCUCAGCAGACACAAGGUCAGACCGUUCAGGUGCAGAUUCCAGCCCAGGCACAGAUAGCUCAAGGUCAGACUACUGUCCAGGUUCAACAUCAGCCUCAAACUGCUCAGAUCCAGGUCCAGCCUCAGGGCCAGACCACCCAGAUCCAGCUCCAACCCCAGGCCCAGACUGCCCAGAUCCAGGUCCAGGCUCCGGGCCAGGCAGCUCAGCCCCAGGUCCAGACCCAGGGUCAGGUGCAGCUCCAGCCGGCCAUGCAGGGCCAGACGCAGGGUGGCGAAGCAAAGCGGAUCACCCUGGUUCUCCAGCAGCCGUCCCAGUCCGGCUCCGCAGCCCCUGCGGGUCAAGCCGUUACCGCUCCACAGCAAGUGACACCCGGAGGUCAACAGCAGCCAACGCAGGCCCCUGCCAGGCUGGUUCUGGGUCAGCUUCCUAGCGGCAAACUGGUGCUCCAGGGAAGCCAGCUAGCGGCUCUGACCCAGGCCCGGGCUGCAGGUCAGGCCGGGGGGCAGCCCAAGGUCCUCACAAUCCAGCUGCAAGUACAACAGCAGCCCAACCAACAAGGAGGAGUGAAGUACCAGUUGGUAUCGGGGGCUGGCGGCACCGGCAGCCCACAGGUGCUGCAGAUUUCCCAGGGCCAAGGAGGGCAGCGGGUCGCCGUACCUCUCAAAAUGCUGCUGCAGCCGCAGACGAGUUCGGCCACAUCUUCUGGCGGCACCGUCUCCGUGGUGAAGGUCAUCAACCCGUCGACGGCAGCCCCGCCCGCUACGACCACGACUCCAACGCAGGCCAUCCGCAUCACCAAGGCCCCCGGCGAGCCCGCGGCCGUCCGACGCGUGGAGAUCCUCUGUAAGCAGGAGAAGGCCAAUCGAAUAGUGGCGGAGGCCAUCGCUCGGGCCAAAGCACGCGGCGAGAAGAACCUGCCCAGAGUCCUGAAUCAGGACGAGCUUCCGUCUACGCAGACCUCCCCGGAGAUGGGAGGGACUCUGACUGUUGUCUCGACCGCUAAAAAGAAAAGCAGCGGCGGGGGGAGCAAAAAGAAGAGUCCCAUAUCCGGAGGACCGAUACCCAAAAUCAUUGUGGGGACUGACAAGAAGGGCAAAGUGGUGAAAAUAUCAGGAGGGACGAUUGCAGUGAGCGGCGGCGCAGUUAUAGCUGGAGCCGGAAACAAAAGCAAGAGCAAGGCUAAAGCAAACACUAUUACGCUGGUAGGAGCAAAGAAAAGAAAGAGAAACGCAUCUUCAGACGUCUCUGAUGGGGAGCUGAGCCCACCUUCACCUGCCGCACUGGAGGACGACAUGAUCAUGAAGAGGCGCUCCAACCGUGUGGUGAAGAGGAAGAAGUACACGGAGGACUUGGAUAUUAAGAUAACAGACGACGAGGACGAGCAGGAAGACGUGGACGUUACCACGACGGCAGCCGCCGUGGCCUCCAUCAGCGGAGGGGCGGCAGCUCAGCUGAAACAGGAAGUGGAGCUCGACGGCAACGGACAGCCCAGCAUGCAGUUUUUUGUGGAGAAUCCAAGUGAGGAAGAUGCCGCCAUCGUAGACAAAGUCUUGUCAAUGAGGAUAACCAAGAAAGAGGUUUCCCCGGGCCAGUAUACGAAUGCUGAGGAGUUCUUUGUUAAAUACAAAAACUAUUCAUACCUGCACUGUGAGUGGGCCACGCUGGAGCAGCUGGAGAAAGACAAGAGGAUCCAUCAAAAGAUCAAGAGAUUCAAGACCAAACACGCUCAGAUGAGGCAUUUGUUCCAGGAGGACGAGGAGUCUUUCAACCCAGACUAUGUGGAGGUGGACAGGAUCCUCGACGUGUCCCACAGCGUGGACAAAGACAACGGCGAGCCCGUCAUCUACUACCUGGUGAAGUGGUGCUCUCUGCCCUACGAAGACGCUACCUGGGAGCUGAAGGAAGACGUUGACGAGGGGAAAGUUGAAGAGUUCGGCAAAAUCCAAAACAGACAGCCUCGCCUGAAGAGAUCGGCGCGGCCUCCUGCCAGCUCAUGGAAAAAGUUAGAGGAAACCCGUGAGUACAAGAACGGCAACACACUCAGAGAGUAUCAGCUGGAAGGAGUCAACUGGCUUCUCUUCAACUGGUACAACAGGCAGAACUGCAUCCUGGCAGACGAGAUGGGCCUGGGGAAGACCAUCCAGUCCAUCACGCUGCUGUCCGAGGUGUACGCCGCCGGAGUUCAAGGCCCCUUCCUGGUCAUCGCUCCGCUCUCCACCAUCACCAACUGGGAGAGGGAGUUCUCCACCUGGACCGACAUGAACGCCAUUGUGUACCACGGGAGCCUCGCCAGCCGGCAGAUGAUCCAGCAGUAUGAGAUGUACUGCAAAGACAACAAGGGACAUUUAAUCCCAGGCGCGUACAAGUUUGACGCCCUCAUCACGACCUUCGAGAUGGUUCUGUCGGACUGCCCGGAGCUGAGGGAGAUCUCAUGGCGCUGCGUCAUCAUCGAUGAGGCUCACCGGCUGAAAAACCGAAACUGCAAACUUUUGGACAGCUUGAAGAUGCUCGACCUGGAACAUAAGGUGCUGUUGACCGGCACGCCUCUUCAGAACACCGUGGAGGAGCUUUUCAGCCUCCUCCACUUCCUGGAGCCAGCUCAGUUCCCGUCUGAGAUCGAAUUCCUCCGAGAGUUCGGAGACCUCAAAACUGAGGAGCAGGUUCAGAAACUGCAGUCCAUUUUAAAACCUAUGAUGUUGCGGAGACUCAAAGAAGACGUGGAGAAGAACUUGGCACCCAAGCAGGAGACCAUUAUUGAGGUUGAGUUGACUGAUAUCCAGAAGAAGUACUACCGGGCCAUUCUGGAGAGGAACUUCAGCUUCCUGAGUUUAGGAGCCAACAGCAACAGCAACGUCCCCAACCUGCUCAACACGAUGAUGGAGCUCCGAAAGUGCUGCAACCACCCCUACCUCAUUAACGGUGCCGAAGAGAAGAUCGUGGUGGAGUUGCGGGGGAAGUACGACCCCCUGGCCCCCGACUUUCAUUUGCAGGCCCUAAUUCGGUCCGCCGGCAAACUGGUGCUACUUGAUAAACUGCUGCCUCGGCUGAAGGCCGGCGGCCACAAAGUGCUCAUCUUCUCCCAGAUGGUGCGCUGCUUAGACAUUCUGGAGGACUACCUCAUCAACAAGAGAUACCUUUACGAGAGAAUUGAUGGAAGGGUUCGUGGGAACCUGCGACAGGCAGCCAUCGAUCGGUUCAGCAAGCCGGAUUCGGAUCGCUUCGUCUUCCUCCUUUGUACCCGUGCUGGCGGUCUGGGUAUUAACCUGACCGCUGCCGACACCUGUGUCAUAUUUGACUCUGACUGGAACCCUCAAAACGACCUGCAGGCCCAAGCAAGAUGCCAUCGUAUCGGCCAGUCGAAGGCUGUCAAGGUCUACCGCCUCAUCACCAGGAACUCCUACGAGAGGGAAAUGCUGGACAAGGCGAGUCUGAAACUCGGUCUGGACCGUGCCGUUCUACAAAGCAUGAGUGGCAACAAGGACAGCAACGUCAACGGGCUCCAGCAGUUCUCCAAGAAGGAAAUCGAAGACCUUUUGAGGAAAGGAGCUUACGCCGCCAUCAUGGAUGAAAACGACGAAGGCAGUCGGUUCUGCGAGGAAGACAUCGACCAGAUCCUUCAGCGGCGAGCCACCACAAUUACUAUCGAGAGCGAAGGCAAAGGUUCUACGUUCUCCAAAGCCAGCUUCGUCGCAUCCGAGAACCGCACCGACAUCGCCCUGGACGACCCCGAGUUCUGGCAGAAGUGGGCCAAGAAAGCCGACAUCGACAUGGAUUCCAUCAAUCAGAAGAACACGCUUGUGAUCGACACUCCCAGGAUCCGGAAGCAGACGCGCCAGUUCUCCAGUUUGCGAGGCGAAGGAGGAGACCUGUCUGAUUUGGACAGCGAUGACGAGUAUCCGCCUGCCAAUUCAAGACACUCCAGAUCUUCCCGCCGCUCCGACCGCCACAGCGGGGGAGGUUACGGCCGUACCGACUGUUUCCGGGUGGAGAAACACCUCCUUGUCUAUGGAUGGGGCCGCUGGAGGGACAUCUUGGCCCACGCCAGAUGUAAACGACGUCUGAGUGAACGUGACGUAGAAACCAUCUGCCGUGUCAUCCUGGUGUUUUGUCUAAUGCACUAUCGUGGCGACGAGAACAUAAAGAGUUUCAUCUGGGAGCUCAUAACGCCACCGGAGAACGGCAGGGAACCCCAAACACUACUAAACCACUCUGGCCUUUCCAUCCCCGUUCCAAGAGGCAGGAAAGGUAAGAGGGUCAAGGCUCAGAGCACGUUCGACGUUCAGAAGGUGGAGUGGAUCCGCAAGUACAACCCUGACACCCUGCUGCUCGAUGACAGCUACCGCAAACACCUGAAGCACCAGUGCAACAAAGUGCUGCUCAGGGUCCGUAUGCUCUACUACCUGAAGCAGGAGGUCAUAGGUGAACAUGCAGAGUCUGUCCUGAAGGGGGCUGACAUUAGGGAUGUCGACAUCUGGAUGCCAGAGAUGGAGCAGCAGGAGGUGCCUGCAGCUUGGUGGGACUCUGACGCCGACCGCUCGCUGCUCGCUGGCGUCUUCAAACAUGGUUAUGAGAUGUACACUACCAUGCGGGCCGAUCCCUGCCUCUGCUUCGUGGAGAGAGUCGGUCGGCCAGACGACAAGGCCAUCGAUGCUGAGCAGCACACUGGAGACGCCGAGCUUGGAGACGAUGGCGACUUUGACAAGUUCUCAGAGGAUCCAGAGUUCAAGCCAGCAUCUAGACUCUCCAAAGAUCUUUUUGAUGAGCCUGACUCUAUGAACGUGGAUGACGAGAUCUCAGUGGAGGACAAGUCGGUGCCGAUGGUCACGGAAAGCGCAGCCGUCCAGAGCGGCGUGUGCGAGUGGCCCUCGAGCUCUUCGCUGACGGCGCGGCUGAGGCGGCUGAUCACGGCGUACCAACGCAGCUACAGACAGGAGCAGCUGAAGAUGGAAGCCGAGGCCAAAGGGGACCGCCGGCGCAGGCGCUGCGAACAGGCCAGCAAACUGAAGGAAAUCGCACGGCAGGAGCGACAGCAACGGUGGACGCGGAGAGAAGAGAGCGACUUCUACCGCGUGGUCUCCACGUUUGGAGUGGAGAAGAUCAAGAAGGAGCCGGGUGUCUCGGAGGAGGGGGAUGCGGAGUUCGAGUGGACCCGUUUCCGAACUUUUGCCCGUCUGGAUAAAAAAACCGACGAGAGCCUCAGCCGAUACUUCCGUUCAUUUGUCGCGAUGUGCCGGAGGGUGUGCCACCUCCCCCAAGGCCGUGGUGAAGAUCCGUCAGAGGUGACUCAGACUGUGGCUCCCAUCACAGAGGAGCGAGCCUCCCGCACGCUGUACCGCAUCAGCCUCCUGCGGCGCCUCCGCGAGCGCGUCCUGCCCCACCCCUCCCUGGAGGAGCGCCUUCUUCUGGCGCCGCGCAGCGCCGAGCUGCCCGCCUGGUGGAGCCUGCCGGACCACGACCGGCAGCUGAUGCUCGGCGCCUCGCUCCACGGGGUCAGCCGCACCGAGCUCUCCAUCUUCUCAGACCCACAGUUCACCUUCAGCUCCGCUCGCGACGAGUUCAUCCAGAACCAGCAGGCUCUGCCGCCGCUUCCACCUCCCCCUCCUCCUCCACCGCCUCUGCCCAUCAUGACGCUCAGCCAGUCCAAGUCUGAGAUGGACUUAGCCGGAGCGAAGGGGGAAGGUGCUGACGAGAGCGCCCGACUGUUUGGGGGGAGAAUCGGCAGCGACCUGCAGAGCACGCCCUUGGGUCACCAUGGCGGCAAAGCGCAAGGUCCGGACUGGAGCUUCAAAAGCAGCAGGGAAAGAACGGAAAAAACCGGAAGGAAAGGCGAAGGAGGGUCCGAUUCGGAUUCAGACUCUGACUCGGGCUCGUCGUCCUCGGAGCGCUCCGGUAGCAGCGACGACAGCGGAGACAGUGACGAGGAAGUAGAAGGAGGCGGCAUGAAGGUGGGAGACGUGGAUGAAGAAAACAGUUUACUCUCCAUGAUUCCAACUCAAGAUAGCAUACUUCCACCUGAGCCGAUCAGAGUCGACUGGCCUAAGGACCGCGUGCUGAUCAACCGCCUGGACAACUUGUGUCACCUGGUGCUGUCGGGUCAGUGGCCCUCGGGGCGGCGCUACAUCCCCGAAGCCCAGCUCAACCCGAGCUCCGAGCUGGUGGGCGAGGACAUGGCGUACACCCGGGUCAUCCGGAAACCCAGCAGCGCACCGAUCGGCAUCGGGGCGGAGGGAGAGGACGGAGAGUUCACUGUGAAACUCCUCAAGGAGGAGGGUCUGAAGCUGACGUUCUCCAAGCAGGCUCUGCUGCCCAACGGGUCAGGGGGAGAGAGCAGCGGGCGCAAGAAACGCAAAGACCAAGAGCUAUCAGAGCUAGACGGCCUCCAUGACCCGCUGGAGCGUGCUCCUCGACGGAGGGACCCCCCCACGUGGCUGAAAGAGAAUCCAGAUUAUGAGGUGGAAGGAGACAUGCUGGAGCUGCUGGUGAACAGGAGCAAGAGGAAGAGGAGGAGGCGAGCGAAUAAACCCCUUACAGGCACAGAGAAGGUCAAGGUCAUCAACAUGCUGACGGGAAAGAAGGUUGGAGCUGCUUUCUGUCCGAUGCUGCAGGAUCUGAAGGAGUAUCUGGAAGAGAAUCCUAACAUCGCCGUUGCACCCGAGUGGUCUGAGACGGUUCAGAAAUCAGGUUUGCUGCCUGAAUCCCUCUUCCACCGCCUGCUGACGGAGCACUCCGAGAUCCCGAAGAAAAGCCACCGGCGGCGUCACCACCACCAUCACCACCACCACCACCAUCACCAUUGCCACACUCCCGAGCCCACGCCCGAAGACCCCACCCUGGACGGCGUAGAAGAAGAGACUCUGGUUUCGGACGGAGCCUACAUGAUGGACGAGGAGGACCUGGAGACGUCCCACCACUUCCUCACCAGCCCGGACUUUGACGUCAAAAUGGAGGGCGGCGACAGCCUCUCCCAAGGCGACUACGACAGCUCGGAUCAAGAGGCGCUGCUGGAUGAUGUCAUCAUGGCGCAGAAGGACUCCGACUCUUCAUCAAGCUCAGACGACUGACUGGACUGACUCGUCUCCCGCGCCCCCACCAUUCAAAAUGAAAUCAUGCUAUUCCGAGAUCUUUUUUUUUUUUUUUUUUCAACAUGUAACAA